AUGGCCCUGAGCGACCCCAGCGGCGACCCCCUGACCCUCAGCAAUGGAGGGCUCCCCCACCCCCUGAGAGCCUCCCCCAGCCCCGACGCCCCCAGUGGAGGCCUGCUGGUGGGGGGUGAGGAGCAGGGCGAGGCUCCCUGCAGCUCCUGGACCCAGGAGCCGCCGUCGUCCAGCCCAGCCAGAGAGCUCCUCUGCCGGGCCCGAGGGAGCCAGAACGGAGGGCUCAAACACAACGGUUCCCUCCGGCCUCCUGCCUCCUCCUCAACACCCGCCCCCCACCUCGCUGACUCUCAGAGUGGCCCCGCCCUCCACCCUGGCCCCGCCCUCCACCCUGGCCCCUCCCCCUGUGCCUGUUGUGUGCAGGCGACUCCGCCCCCCUCGCUGUGUCUCCAGCAUCAGUGGCAGGAGCACCUGCAGAACCACGGAGCUGGGAUCAGCCCUGCAAGGCCUUUCCGCUUUCCCAAAAGCUAUGCAGAGCUGAUAGCUGAUUGGCCGGUAGUGGUGCUGGGGGUGUGUACAGUGUUGAUCGUGGUGUGUGCCCUGGUGGGAGUUCUGGUCCCAGAUCUGCCAGACUUUUCUGACCCCUUACUGGGGUUCGAGCCCAGAGGCACUGCCAUUGGCCAGCGUCUGGUCACAUGGAACAACAUGGUGAAGAACACUGGCUACAAGGCCACCCUGGCCAACUACCCCUUCAAAUAUGCUGACGAGCAGGCCAAGAGUCACCAGGAGGACCGCUGGGCGGAGGACCACUUUGACCGAGAUAAAAGACAGGCAGAGUGGGACUUCAGCAAAGACAGCUUCUUCUGUGACGUUCCAGGUGACAGGUAUUCCAGGCUGGUGUUCAGCUCUACGGAGGGGAAGAAUCUGUGGAACAUACAAGCCAUCAAGUCAAUGUGCAAUCUGGACAACACACGGGUGCGCUCCCACCCCCAGUACUGGAGCCUGUGCCAGCGCACUAGCGACGCAUCCUGCUGUCCCAGCUGGACCCUGGGGAACUACGUGGCCGUCCUCACCAACAAGUCCUCGUGCCAGAAGAUCACGGAGCGCGACGUUUCCCACACCCUGAAGAUCCUGCGCUCCUGUUCCAAGUUCUACCACAACGCCACGCUGGGCCCAGACUGCUGGGACGCCACCACCCGCAGGAAGGACCAGCUCAAAUGUGCCAACGUCCCAAGGAAGUGCACCAAGUUCAACGCCGUGUACCAGAUCCUCCACUUCCUGGUCGACAAGGACUUCCUGAGCCCCAAGGCCGCGGAGUACGCGCCCCCCCUCCUCAAGUACAGCAUGCUGUUCUCUCCCACGGAGAAGGGAGAGACCAUGAUGAAGAUCUACCUGGACAACUUUGAGAAGUGGAACGCCUCGGAUGGCGUCACCACAGUCACAGGGAUUGAGUUUGGGAUCAAACACGACCUGUUCCAGGACUACCUGCUGACGGACACAGUGUAUCCGGCCAUCGCCAUCGUCAUCGUCCUGGUGGUCAUGUGCGUGUACACUCGCUCGGUCUUCAUCACCUUCAUGACGAUGAUCGCCAUCAUCAGCUCCCUCAUCGUGUCCUACUUCCUGUACCGGAUGGUGUUCGACUUUGAGUUCUUCCCCUUCAUGAACCUGACGGCCCUGAUCAUCCUGGUGGGGAUCGGCGCGGACGACGCCUUCGUCCUCUGCGACAUCUGGAACUACACCAAAUGCGACAAGCCCAACCAGGAGCUGUCGGAGACGGUGAGCAUCACCCUCCAGCACGCCGCCCUCUCCAUGUUCGUCACCAGCUUCACCACGGCCGCCGCCUUCUAUGCCAACUACGUCAGCAACAUCACCGCCAUCCGCUGUUUCGGCGUCUACGCCGGCACCGCAAUCCUGGUCAACUACAUCCUGAUGGUCACCUGGCUGCCCGCCGUGGUGGUUCUCCACGAGCGCUACAUCCCCAGCCUGUUCCCCUGCUCCCAGCCCCCCCAACAGGGGGCGCUGACCACCCACUCCCUGUGGUACGGGCUCUGCCAGCGGGCCAGCAGCUGCCUGUUCACCAUGUCCGAAGCCUCGCGGAUCUUCUUCGAGAAGGUGCUGCCGUGCAUUGUCAUCAAGUUGCGCUACCUGUGGCUCUUCUGGUUCCUGGCCUUCACUGUGGGGGGGGCCUACGUGGUGUGCGUCGACCCCAAGAUGAAGCUGCCCUCGCUGGAGCUGUCCGAGUUCCAGGUGUUCAGGUCCUCGCACCCCUUUGAGCGCUACGAUGCUGAGUUCAAGAAGCUCUUCAUGUUCGAGAGAGUCCACCACGGGGAAGACCUGCACAUGCCCAUCACCAUCAUCUGGGGCGUGACGCCUGUGGACAACGGAGACCCUCUGAACCCCAAGAACAAGGGCAGGCUGGUCCUGGACGGCGGCUUCAACAUCGCCAGCCCCGCCUCGCAGACCUGGAUCCUGAACUUCUGCCAGAAGCUGAGGAACCAGAGCUUCGUGUUCCAGUCCGAGGAGCAGGACUUCACCAGCUGCUUCAUCGAGACCUUCAAGCAGUGGAUGGAGAACCAGGACUGCGAGGAAGCGUCAGUCUACCCCUGCUGCAGCCAGUCCACCUUCCCCUACAAGCAGGAGGUGUUCCAGCUGUGCAUCAAGAGGGCCAUCAUGGAGCUGGACCGCAGCACCAUCUACCACCUGGACAGCAAGACGCCCGGGCCACGCUUCGACAUCAACGACACCAUCCGCUCCAUCGUGCUGGAGUUCCAGAGCACCUUCCUCUUCACGCUGGCCUACGAGAAGAUGCAUCAGUUCUACAGCGAAGUGGACACCUGGAUCCGGGAGGAGCUGAAGGGGGCGCCGGCGGGGUUGCGGCACGGCUGGUUCGUCAGCAACCUGGAGUUCUACGACCUGCAGGACAGCCUGUCCAACGGCACGCUCAUCGCCAUGGCGCUGUCGGUGGUGGUGGCGUUCAGCGUGAUGCUCCUGACCACCUGGAACAUCAUCAUCAGCCUCUACGCCAUCCUCUCCAUCGCCGGGACCAUCUUCGUCACCGUGGGCUCGCUGGUGCUUCUGGGCUGGGAGCUCAACGUGCUGGAGUCCGUCACCAUCUCGGUGGCCGUAGGGCUGUCGGUGGAUUUCGCCGUGCACUACGGCGUGGCGUACCGGCUCGCCCCGGAGCCCGACCGCGAGGGCAAGGUCGUCUUCUCGCUCAGUCGCAUGGGGUCCGCCAUCGCCAUGGCGGCGCUCACCACCUUCGUUGCCGGGGCGAUGAUGAUGCCGUCGACCGUGCUGGCGUACACCCAGCUGGGCACCUUCAUGAUGCUCAUCAUGUGCAUCAGCUGGGCCUUCGCCACCUUCUUCUUCCAGUGCAUGUGCCGCUGCCUGGGGCCCCAGGGCACCUGCGGACAAAUCCCCCUCCCCAAGAGGCUCCGGUGCCAGGCCUUCGCCCAGGGCACCGCCAACACGCCCUCCCCCCAGCGCAAGAGCUCCGGCCCGGGGAAGUACCACCUGGACGGGCGGGGCAGAGAUGUGGAGCACUACGAGCUGGAGCCCCUGGCCUCCCGGGCUGAGGAGAAGGCCUCGGAGGAGCAGGAAGCCGGCAGCCAGCUGUACAACGGACUCGCCUCCCACCCUGCCCCCUGCUCACACGCACCUUACACAGGCAAGGAGGUGGGUAGAGGAGGGGAUCCCUGCAAGGAGAAUGGACCGGCCACUCUGGCCUCCGACCUCCCUCCCCGGCCCCUGUUCCCCCACCACCCUGCCUGUACCUGUGACAAACCCCCGCCUUCCCACCCUCAGCAGUCCUCGGCCACGCCCUGGAUACCCAGUACCUGCUCUGCCACCCCAGGAGCUCCCCAGGAGCCCUCCUGCCCCACCUCCCAGUUCUCCAUCUCGGCCAGCCAUGGCAAGGGGCCGCUAUCAGCGGCAGACCCGGUCUACAGGCCCGUGGAGUGCCACAUGCACUACGUCCACUGCCCCCCAGCCCACUUUCACCCCUAUCCCCCGGGCAGAGUGCCCAGACCAGGGCCUCCUCACAGCUGUCACCUCCAGAAGUACUGCGACCACACCCGCCUCCAGGACCCCCAGCCCCAGGGGUCCGCUGAGGACACAGACACCUCCAUCCUGGAGGAGAGCCUCGUGUCUGGAGGCUCCUGCACCUACUGCCCCCCUGCCGCCCAAACCCAGGUCCCCUGUCCCGGCUCCUCCCUUCCACGCACCUGCGGAGCCCACACACACCCUGGGCCUUGCCCAGCCAGACACAGUUCCCCGGGCAGGGAGGAGAGGGCUGGGGCGGGGCUCAGAGGGGACACCAAGGGGUCCGCCGUGGUACCGAGCGAGGCUUGUUGUCAGAUACCAGGCAGCCAGGACGAGCCUGACCCCGUGACCUCGGUGGGGGACAACAGAGCGAACAGGAAGUGGAAACAGAAACCCAGGAAGGAGAAGGCGAACUCUUCUAAGAAACUCUUCUGUUUUAACAGGACUUUGAAAGUCAAGUGCAAUUCUGGAGAGUUUAAUGUGCCAAAAUCUGAAGCCAGCCUGCCUGCUCUCGCCAUCAACUCCAAACCCUCCACUGAGAGUUUGUGCUGACAGCGAAGAAAACGAAAAACAUUUUAUCAAAAGUUUUAUCGAAAGAAUAUACAGAGCGUCCGACCACAUUAGGUUUCAUGUGCGUCUUCAUCCCUGCUCAGUCAGGAAGCAGCAACUUGUCUUUGUCCCAAGUGCCUCAUCAUGUGUCCUGAGUCAGCCUGUCGCCCAGCUAGUUGUGUUUACACUGUUCUCCAGGUGCUGCUGUGUGUACUGGAUUACCUGUCUGGGGCGUCUCACCUCAGAGCCCAUAUGAAAGACGUGCUGUAUAAUUAUAAAGUCAUUUAAACACGG